AUGAACGCAAAGUACGAGUCCGUCGGCCGCCCGGCCAACCACCACGACGACGACCUUGACGACGAGGACCUCGAUCUCGAACUCGACCUGGCCCUCGGCCGCCACAGCAGCAGCAGCACCGAGGUCGACGAGAGCCUGCUGGGCGGCAAGAACAACAAGCUCGGCGGCACCAGCGAAGACAAGCUCGACCGCCGCCUCGCCCGCCAGCAGCAGCGCGCCCUCCAGCGCCGCCGCCGCUCCGUGCGCGCCUGCAUCGGCACCUGGGCGCGGUGGGGCCUGGACACGAUCCUGCUGCUGGCCAUCCUGGGGCUUGUGGCCCGCCAGCAGACGAUGUCGUCGUCGUCUGCGUGUGCCGGUGCCGGCCCCGGCCGCCUCCUGGACUUUGGCGGCGACUUUACGGGCGUCGGCCCGCGCGUCAGCCAGCAAAUCACCCGCUUCACCUCGGACCCGUCCUAUGCGCCCAUGAACACGUCCGAGUUCUUCACCGAGGCCGUCCUCCAAAAGUGGAACCACCUCAUGCCCGUCGGCAUGGGCUUCGUCUGGGUCAACGACACCCACCGCUACCACGACCUGCCCACGCCCAUCGACUGGCCCGACAAGACCGUCUUCACCACCUCCGUCACCCACCAGAUCCACUGCCUCUUCACCAUCGCCCAGACCUACUCCGGCCUCACCAGCGGCCACCCCAUCCCGCCCGACCACCACUGGCACAUGAUCCACUGCAUGGACUACAUGCGCGAGGCCAUCCUGUGCAGCUCCGACAUGGCCCUCGAGGGCCACGAGACCACCUUCCCCGACGACAAUGGCGGCUCCGACGGCUGGGACUCCAAGCACGUCUGCAAGGACUACCGCGAGGUCAAGGCUUACCUCGAGAGCGUGCGUGCCUAUGACGACCAGUUGAUCUACUAG